AUGGGCAAAGAAAAGAAGACAGCAGCGGCGUCUGCCAAGACUUCCACCACUGCAAAUUCGCAAGCAUCGAAGAUGGUCCAGUAUAUGACACCGUUUAAAUUUUCAGGGGAAUUGCGUGAGGUGGCAGGCCAUAUCUACCGCUUCCCGAACAAGGCCGACUUCUACGCCUUUCGCAGCUUCGCCGACUCGCUGGACGGUUUCACAUUGCGCUACAACCAGCCCAAUGAAGUGCUGGUAUGGGAAAAGAAGCUGCCCAACGAGCCCAUGCACAUCAUCAAGGUCUUUGGCAUCUUUGUAAAUACCAAGGAAAACCCAAACGGUGGUGCAACCACAAAGGAGCUCUACGACCUCUUGCACGAUUCUGUUUUCCGAGAGCAGUGGGACGAGUAUCGCCAGGAGGCAUUCCGCAUCGUGAGCUUGAGCGCCAACACCGACAUCGGCUACUAUGCUGCUAAGAGCCCGAUGCCGCUCCUGGCAAAUCGCGACUUUGUGAACCAGCGCAUGUGGCAUGAAGCGGGUCGGGACGAGUAUGUCAUCUUCAACACAUCGGUGCCACACUCACAGGUGCCUUCAACAUAUCAAAGAGAUGUGCACCGCAACAAGUACGGGCAGUACAUUCGUGCUAUUUCGAAGCUGACGGGGUAUCUGAUCUGCCCCUGGAGGAACCCGGCGAGUGGCGAGGUUGAGGGCGCGAGUCUCACGUACAUUACGCAGACCGACCCAGGGGGUUGGAUUCCGGCGAGUUUGACAAACUUCAUUGCCACCAAAUUCGCUCCGAACACGAUGAGGAAUGUGGCACAGGCACUGCCAAAGUUCCGUACGUGGUUCAAGGAGCAGCUGGAGGCUGGCACGUAUACAAAGGACUGGGAUCUGCCCCAGGAGUGGUGGACCGAGGACGGCAGCACCGAGGUCGUCAAGAACGAAACGAUCGAGUUUGCCAUCCAGAAGUGGAGUGAGGGGUUCGUCAAGAAGUAA